ARCUAACCCCACCCAGAAGAUAAUCGGGCUGAAUGUCAGCUCUAAGCUGCUUAAGGCUCCAGCCUGGCUGGGCUGAAGAUGCUGGCAGCGUAAGCUUCUUUCUCCCACUCGACUCUACCUGCAGCAGAAUGCCGUCUCGUAUCUGCAGUGAGGCGUCGUCUCCUCGAGGUGGACCUCAGGGAUCCUGUUCUGGCUCCUAACCGAAGGGGAUCAGACUGGAGGCCUCACCUGAUAUCACCAACUCAGAUGGGACAGUUAGAGUUCAGGUCGACCGUCCUCUGACCUGCAGUUUCCGUGGGACACCUGAAGACGAGCGGUGGACACCUGAAGACGAGCGGUGGACACCUGAAGACAAGCGGUGGACACCUGAAGACGAGCAGUGGACACCAUGCCCACUCUUCCCAACCUCAACAGCCUGGGGAAGCUGUGCAGCUCCAGCCGGAGCCACAGCGUCAACCGCAUCAGCCGCGUCCGGGUCAAACGCAAGAGCUCCGUCAAGCGCAUGUCCAUCAUCGAGGACGGGCACGUGGCGGAGGUCCUGUACCUCAUCCCGAAGCAGUACAUGGAGCAGUUCCCCUUCGUCAACCCAAACGACUAUUARCUCAGCGAGAGGCUGAACGAUGCUUCUACAGUGGCUCACACACAGGACACACACCAGCACUCCACAGAGAAGCCCCUGAUUCACUGCUACAAGUGUAAGGAGCCAUGUCGGGGCGAGGUCCUCCGGGUGCAGAACAAGCACUUCCACCUGAAGUGCUUCACCUGUAAAGUGUGCGGCUGCGACCUCGCCCAGGGAGGGUUCUUCAUGAAGAAUGGAGAGUAUCUGUGCAUGCUGGAUUACCAGCGCAUGCACGGCACCCGCUGCAAUGGCUGCGGGGACUURGUGGAGGGAGAGGUCGUCACUGCCCUGGGCAAGACGUACCACCCUGCCUGCUUCGUCUGCACCGUCUGCAAACGACCGUUUCCUGCCGGGGACAGGGUGACCUUUAACGGGAAGGACUGUCUGUGUCAGUACUGCGUCGAGCCCAUGUCUCCGGGACCGAAGGACAUCCUGGGCUCCAGCAGUUGUGCAGGAUGCGGUCGAGACAUAAAGAACGGCCAGGCCCUCCUGGCUCUGGACAAGCAGUGGCAUCUGGGCUGCUUUAAGUGCAAAGCUUGCUGCAAAGUGCUGACCGGGGAGUACAUCAGCAAGGACGGCGCACCUUAUUGUGAAAAGGACUAUCAGAUCCAUUUUGGAGUUCAGUGUGAGGCGUGUCAUCAGUUCAUCACAGGGAAGGUGUUGGAGGCAGGAGAUAAGCACUACCAUCCCAGCUGUGCGAGAUGCAGCAGGUGCAAUCAGAUGUUCACAGAAGGCGAAGAGAUGUAUCUGCAAGGAUCCACAGUUUGGCAUCCCGGCUGCAAGAACACCACCAGAACAGAGGAGCGGCACAGAGAGCGGCCUACAAGGUCGUCGUCUGAGAGUAUUUGUUCCAGACCUGGUUCAAGCAUACCUGGCUCACCGGGUCACACCAUCUAUGCAAAAGUAGACAACGAGAUCCUGGACUACAGAGACCUAGCUGCCAUUCCAAAAGUCAAAGCCAUUUAUGACAUCGAGCGUCCCGAUCUGAUCACCUAUGAGCCCAUGUACACGACCUCCCUAGAGGAGAGAGAAGAGAGACAUGAGAGUGUGGCAGAGCUUCACGGCACCAGGAGGGAACGUUCCCCUCUGCCUGAUGAGAUGUCUUUAAGAAACAUGUCUCCAACUCCAGAGAGGCUCUGACAGGCAUGCAGAAGCUCUGCUCCUCCCUCUGCAGUAACAGUGUGGGCUCCAGAAAUAGUGACUCCCGUCCCACCUCCCCUUUCAGACACCACUUCCUGCCCCAUAGCCAAGGCGCCGACCCGCCGAGCGGCCGGAGCUCACCCCUCCCGCUCAGGCCCGAGAGCCGGCCGGUCACCCCGCCUCUCUGUCAGACCCCCAAACAUUUCCACGUCCCAGAUCAGGGGAUCAACAUCUACAGAAAACCGCCCAUCUACAAACAACACGGUUCAGAGGGGAGGAGGAGAUCUAGAGAAGAGGAGGAGGAAGAGGCUUUGAAAAAAAAGCAACUCCAGGAAGAACAUCUCAAUAAGAUUCAGUCUGGUUUAGGUAAACUCAUUCUGAAGGAGGAGAUGGAAAAAGAGCAGAUUAGAGAGCGUCACGCCCGUAGCCUCUCUGCUCAACGCUACGAUCCCAAAACGAGCAACUGUGAUGCAGAUCGAACAUCUCCAACAAAGACUAACUCUUUGCCCGGGUACAGAAGGAACGGGUUACAUCGGCCUCAGUCAACAGAUUUCACGCAGUACAACAGCUAUGGUGACAUGUGUGGGGGAGGCCGAGAGUUUCAGCACAUUAAGGAUGGCCGUGCAGCACUUACAAGGAUGGACAGGGGGGUAUCUAUGCCUAAUAUGUUGGAACCAAAAGUGUAUCCGUAUGAAAUGCUCAUGAUAACCAGUAGGGGGCGAGCUAAACUGCCAAGGGAUGUGGACAGAACCAGACUGGAGCGCCACUUAUCCCCCGAAACGUUCUUUGACAUCUUUGGAAUGGAGAUCCAGGAGUUUGACAGGCUUCCCCUGUGGAAACGCAACGACAUGAAAAAGAAAGCCAAGCUCUUCUAAAACCUUAUUUUUAUUUUUCUAAUUUUUCCGCAUGCGUUUUAUUCUCCUGUACAUACUGUAAGAUAGCACACAACAAUUGUAAUCUAGACGUAGGUUCUGGUUUCUUUUCUUGUUUUUCUUUUUGUUUGCGUUUUUUUUUACCCCAAAACACAAAUGGACUGUCUGCCAAGACAAUGGAUUGACCAAGUUUAUUCUCGCACAAGAAACAAUGAUGAAGUCUCCAAAAUGACAAAGAAUGAAGCUUAAUGAUGAGUAGAGUCAAAUGUUUUGAUUUGACUGCGCUUAUUUUACCUUCUGCUUUGCUUUAAGUGGAAUUGCUCCCUUUUCUUGCUUGUUUCUUCCUCUUAUUAUAUUAUUAUUAUUUGUUGCUGUUGAUUCCUGUGGAACUUUGUAAUUACAAUAGAACUUCUCGUUAUGAAUGCCUCCUCGCUUGAAGCUUGAGUGUGUGUCGGCUUUUCUUUUUCGCUUGGGCUGAAAGAGUUUUAGUCCAAAGUUUUUUUUAAAYAAUGGGCUCAGUGAGUCACGAGCAGUAGCUACAGCCUCCGAGGGGGGGGAAUCAGUCAGCCGGCCCACUAAUUGUUACUGGUUACCAACACGUCACCGGUCACAUCCAAACUUACAUCUGAACAGAAAAAAAAGUCUCUGUUUUCUCAGGCUCUCAUCACCACCGAUAACUUUCCCUUUACAUAUACUGAAAUUAGGAUUCUUCUAUUUUAGUGCUGAUCUACCCCUGCUCAAUCCAAGAAGCAACUGUAUUUAAAAGUAUUGUUUUUUUUUUAAAUGAAAACCCACACUGCCACUUGUUGUAUUGAAAUCUGAGACAAUAAAGCUUUAAAUGACCGUGAACCAUAARGACCCUCGGCUACACCAAACUUA